UUAAUAAAAUAAAAAAGAUGGUUGCUGCAGCGCCUUUACUUCUUAAUCUUUUAACUAUCGCAAAUGCCGCAAGUACCUGUCCGAUAGUCACUCGCGCCCAAUGGGGAGCAAAGCCUCCAACAAAUGUCCAACACAUCACUUCCACAUUAUCGCACGUUAUAAUUCACCAUUCCGUGAGUCCUGGACCAUGCGGUGGAUCUGGUCAAGCAACUUGCGCCAGUGCCAUGAAAUCUAUGCAGAACUACCACCAGCAGACUAACGGAUGGGCAGACAUAGGCUACAGCUUUGCAGUGGGAGGAGAUGGCAAAAUCUACCAGGGACGAGGAUGGAAGGUCGUAGGAGCCCAUGCACCAGGCUAUAAUUUUAACAGUGUUGGAAUUUGCCUAAUCGGAAACUGGAGCGAUAAGUUGCCUUCACAAGCGAUGUUGACCGCAGUUAAAAAUCUUAUAUCGUGCGGAGUAGCAGAAGGACACUUGAAAAAGGAUUAUGUUUUAUUAGGACAUAGACAAGCAGUAUCCACAGAAUGCCCUGGAAAUAAACUCUAUGCAGAAAUCUCAACCUGGCCGCAUAAAGGAUAAAUAUUGAUUAUAUAUUAAUAUAUUGUUUUAUAAAAAUGUAGAAUUUUUAAAGAAAUACAAAUAAAUGUAAAA